CUCACUGUACCAGCCGUUCCCUUUCCGCAGCGGCCGAUCUCCCGAUUCCCCUCCUCCGCCACCGCGACCCCGAUGGCCUCCGCCGCCGGUGCCGGCAAGUCGCUGUUCCAGGGGAUCCGCGGGUUCCUUAAGAAGCCUUGGGAGAUCACGGGUCCCUGCGCCUCGCCCGAGUACCGCAGCGCGCUCCCGGGCGCGCUCGAGUACCGCGUCAAGUGCCCGGCCACCGUGCGCGACGACUGCGACAGGGCCAUCGUGCCCACCUCGGACCCGGAGACCGUCUACGACAUCAAGUACCACACCCGAGACCGCCGCCGGGACCGCCCGCCUGUGCGACGCACGCUCCUCCGCAAGCCCGACCUCGAGCGCUACAUGGCCGCCAAGCAGUUCGACCCCGCCAAGGACUUCCCCGUGCCCUACGGCAACACCAUCGUCGAGGAGGACGGCAACACCAUCGGCGGGGGCUACCAGAAGUGAGCCAGGGGAAAAACUUUUUUUUUUGACAAAAGAAGGAGCCACUAUGUGCGGCCAACCCUUGAUCUAGGUUAUAUCAUUUAUUGUGUCUUAUAUUUGUGUAUGCUGUACUGGAUUUGGGAGGGAUCUUAGCUUGUGACAUGUAUGUAUAGAACUGGCAGGUGUUAGCAUUAGAUAAGUAAACUAUCACAAAUCUGUUUGUUGCUUAAUCUAAAUAGAACGUAGUUAUGAGCUUUCACCACUUUUUGUGGGAUAUCUAGUGCGUAUCAACUAUCAGUUCAUUUUCAGUGAUAUUAUUCAUCUCUGGACUCUGAAGAUUUAUACAUUUCUCAGUUGUGAUUGGCAGUUCAUAAUUAGCUUCAUAUGCUUCUGUUGGUAUAAGUUUGGUUUUGGGCUGUAAAGUGGAGAUAUUUCUUUCUUUCGUUUCUUUUGUAAGGGUAGGCUGAUUCAUACAGAAAAGAGGUCAAUUUUGUUCUAGUACGUGGUUCCUUUAUUACAUUGUGAAUCAACAUAAAUAGAUGAUUGAUGGAAGUAGCUUCAGAUUGGAAAUUCUUAGUUGGAGUACCUAGAUACUACUCUGUUUUACCUGUAAAAUAAAACUCAUGACUCGUGAAUCACCCUCAUAGAGGUGUUUUCUAAGGAGCAAACUUUUGUGGGAGUGAAUGUUGCUACUCGAUGUUGGUAUAAGGCAAGAUAUAUUUUCACUGUUUGAGUUUGUCCAAUUCUUUGAUAUAAGGAGUGCUGAUAUUGGCUUGGGAGACAAAUAUUUUUUGUUUGGUUUGGUUAUGAAUUUAGUUCAAGUCUUCAUCAGCGGUGUUAUAAGAGUCUCAGUACUUGUAUUUUAGUAUGCUGGUUCUCAUCCACCAAUGAGGAUUCUUCAUCUGAUAAAGGUCUGCCAUGGCUAAUAUACUUACCAAUGACAUAGACUGGCUAGACAACAGGUUCCAGAUAGGAACUUGUUUGAAUUUUUGCAAUUUAUCUUUGCUUGAGGUAAGCUAAUUGGAAUGGGACGAAGGGGAUUGGCAUUUUGGCAACCCUUGCAGAGUGUGGCCAAGAAACGUGAACCUGUGGACAACUCACUGCACGAUGAAAAUGGAUCCAACGGCUGAGAUCUUAGCCGCACGCAAUCCUUGCGCCUCUGGAGGGUUUCUGCUGGCAAGCUGACUAGCCAAUUUCUGCUCUUUAGCGAUAUUGAUAAAACUUAGCCAUGUUUCAGUUCUUCAUGGAAAUUGUACAUUUCAAAUUGAAUCUAACUGACUAUUCGUACAUCACUGUUGACCAUUUGUUGUUUGAUGAGUUUGCUGUCUCACUUUUAAAAUGUUCAGAAUCUCUGAUGUUCACCUUGCUUUUCAUGUCAACUGCAUCAUCCCAUUUGCUUUCAUGAACAUCUCGCCAAUGUCUGUCAUUUUAGAAUUCCCAAUAGCAGCAUUACAGCAAGUAGUAUCGUUUUUUUAUUUUCUGAAGUUUUCACACAUUUGCCUUGGCAGCAAUGUAGGUGCUAUUUUUUCUUUUUAUUAAAAAAACAGAUUGCCUUUUAGUUCAUAGUGAAACUAAGUCUGUUGAAGCUACUAGCUGGGGUUUGGGCCUUCAACUAGCAAACUCCAGACUUUAAGUGGAAGUCAUGUCUAACUAUUCUUCUCUUUUAUGUGUUAUAUCGUAAGGUUACUGAUUUGAUGGUGGUUAAU